AUGGAUUUCUCUGCAAUCUUUGAAACAGCAUUCAUAACAUCUACUAUCAUCUCGGGUGACCUCAACGCUCAUAGUGAAUUACGACGUAAUUCACUAAGAAUCAACGGCAACAGAAGACAUAUUGAACAUACCAAGAAAGGACCAACCAAGACCAAGAAAGGACCACCCAAGACCAAGAAAGGACCACCCAAGACCAAGAAAGGACCACCCAAGACCAAGAAAGGACCACCCAAGACCAAGAAAGGACCACCCAAGACCAAGAAAGGACCACCCAAGACCAAGAAAGGACCACCCAAGACCAAGAAAGGACCACCCAAGACCAAGAAAGGACCAACCAAGACCAAGAAAGGACCACCCAAGACCAAGAAAGGACCACCCAAGACCAAGAAAGGACCAACCAAGACCAAGAAAGGACCACCCAAGACCAAGAAAGGACCACCCAAGACCAAGAAAGGACCACCCAAGACCAAGAAAGGACCAGAUGGUCGGCUAGACCAACUGGACAAGUUGGUCCAACCGACCAACGAAUAUUCAAUAACAAAGUGA